AGCAGCAAAACUCGACGCGCUCCGAAGCUCAAAACCGUCAUAAACGGCGGCGUCUCCCCCUCACCGUUAUCUCUGUCUUUCUUUCCUCCUCGCCGAAGACUUUGAAUUGAAAGCAGUCCGUCCGUCCAUAGCGUUAACUGAACGGCACGGACAGAGAUCCGUUUCCCUCCUUAGUCCUUCUUCUUCCUCCUCCUCCUCCUCCAUCUCCAUCUUCUUCUUCCUCCACCAGCUGCAUUCAAAGGAGAGUUGCUUCCUCGAUGCCGCCCAUUCCGCGGCUGCUGGAUCUCUCCGGGUCCCUGUUCUGCAACUUCCAGUGGCAGUGUCGCUGAAGCUUGGGAGGUCAGCGGCUGCGCUUGACUGGUAAUUACUACGAGAACUCGAGCUGCUCUGGUUUCCGGAUCUCUGCUCCUCCUCCUUCGCAGUUGAAUCAUUUGUCCCUCGCAUCAGUGUGUGAUGCCUCCGGUGCUUAGUUAUCACUUCGUCGUGCUAAAUUUUCCGACGGCAAAGGCCUCUUGAUGACCCUUUGGCUGGACCAAUCUAACGUGAUGAUGGAGGAAAAACACCAUUUUUACAUGUUUUCUGAAGUGUGAAGAUCCGGUUCAGCUGAGCUUCGUAGGGUCCUUUUCUUUGGCUGGAAUCCGAUCCUUUAACUUGGAAAUCGUUGGCACAUUUGAGGUUUUGCUACACCAAAUUGUCGAUUUUGUUCCCCCUUUUUUUUUUUCCUGGUUGAUCGUCAAUUUUCAAUUUUCUUUGGGCUGCGGAGGGUAUACAUUAGGACAGGAUGCUUCUGAGGCAAUGGCGGUUUUGGUAAAUUCGACAUGAAACUGGACUUUGACCAGGUCAAUGUCACUGCUUGGGAGUAUUAAAAUCUGGGGCAGUUGGAGCUGAGGGUCAUAUUAAAACGCUUCGCCGCCAUUUGCUGCAGCUGCUUGAGAAACUCUUCAUGCAUCAAUGUUUUGGUUUUUGGGUGAGCUGACCGAACUAUGGCAUACCCCACCUCCAUUUUUCUGGUGAUCAAAAUUUGGCUGUUCUUCAUCUGAUGGGAUCUGUAUUUUGUAAUAGUUUAUGUAUAGCAGAAAAAGCUGUAGUGCCCUCUUAUAUUUCACAGAGUUGAGAAGUCAUCCACUCGUGAUGACUUGACUCUUGAACCUCUGUUUAUUUUCUGAUAAUCUUUUCUCUUCGACUAGGUAUGUUUCAUUGCUCAUGGGUCUCAUUAUUUUCCGUUAUGGUGCUCUUGAAAAUGGUUGUUCAGACUUCGUCUUGGUAGGAUCUCACAUGCCGAACAUGUAUCUUGUAAAUUUUUCUUAUUGGGAGAUUCAUAUGUGUGUCAGCUUACUAAAAAUAUGUUCUGGUCGUGUAGAGUUCUUGAGCUUUUCCUGGCAUGUGCUAACAAUUAUAUGUCAUAAUUUUAUCAGUAUCUGCUUUAUUUGAUUACAUCACUGAUUGGCUUUGCGGGGGUACUCUCGGCUUCAUUCCCGAGAAGCCCUGAAACAUAAGUAUUUGUAGAGUGUGAAGAUCCUUGCAAGCGUGCUCGGGAUCCUGCCUUUUCGAGUCUAGGGUGGAGUACUCCCACUUUCGCUUUGUGAGAAGGAGCUAUGUGAGGCAGGGAGAUAGAUAUUGAUCACUUGCAGGAUCAGCAAUAUGAAGAAAUGCUCCACCUGCAGCGAAAAGUCCAAUGAAUGCAGCAUCGCCUGUGGUUUCUGCUGAAGCAAUGGUCUCUGUCCUUCUCACUCCAAGAAAUUUGUCCCGUGAAGAGCAACUCUCAUUGUCUGCAUGGUAUCAUUUGAGAGAUUUGGCAAAUCAUGCUCAGUCGUUACCAAAUGGAGUGGAUGCUAUUAAGGAAGCUGGAACUGCAUGGAAAACUCUUAUGGACUCAGUUGAAGAGGAAAAGCUUUCAUCGGCAAAUGACAGUUCUCAUAGGAAGGAAAAUGAGAAGCAGUGCCCCCAUUUUCUUAACAAAGUGAAUGCCACGGGACUUGAUAACGAUGGUUUUAAAUUGCAAGUUCCUUGUGGAUUGACUCAAGGCUCUUCUAUUACAGUUAUCGGAAUUCCCGAUGGUCUUCUUGGUAACUUUCGGAUUGACUUAACUGGGGAACCACUCCCAGGGGAGCCUGAUCCCCCAAUUAUCCUACAUUACAAUGUGAGACUUCAUGGUGAUAAGAUAACAGAUAAUCCUGUGAUUGUCCAAAAUACUUGGACUGCUGCUCAUGAUUGGGGUGAAGAGGAGCGAUGUCCAUCACCUACUCCUGACAAGAACAAGAAAGUGGAUGAGCUGGAGCAGUGCAACCAGAUGGUGGGUAAAGAUGAUAAUCGUUCUUCAACUAUUCGCUCACAUUCCAACAGUUCACGGCUGACUUCAACUGGAAAAGAUGGAUCAGCAACUAGGAAAUACUUUCCUUUUAAACAAGGUUAUCCAUCUGUUUCCACACUCCGGGUGGGUUCAGAGGGAAUCCAAAUGACAGUCGAUGGAAAGCACAUCACGUCUUUUGCAUAUCGCGAAACUUUGGAGCCAUGGCUAAUAAGUGAAGUCAGAAUAUCCGGGGACCUAAAACUCAUUUCCAUCCUAGCUAGUGGUUUACCUGCAUCAGAGGAAUCAGACCAUUCAGUUGAUCUCGAGGCCCUCAAGGCAGUUUCGAUUUCUCCUGGCAGACAAUUAGAUCUCUUCAUCGGUGUUUUUUCAACAGCAAACAACUUUAAGCGCCGAAUGGCUGUGCGAAGAACAUGGAUGCAGUAUGCUGCAGUACGAUCAGGGAAGGUUGCAGUGCGCUUUUUCGUUGGCCUGCACAAGAACCAGAUAGUAAAUCAGCAACUUUGGAAUGAAGCACAGACAUAUGGGGACGUGCAGCUGAUGCCUUUUGUCGACUACUACAACCUUAUCACAUGGAAAACCCUGGCCAUCUGCAUCUUUGGCACCAAGGUGGUCUCAGCGAAAUAUGUAAUGAAGACCGACGAUGACGCAUUUGUCCGUGUAGACGAAGUCCUAGCUUCUCUCAGCCGGAUAAAUGUGCCUGCUGGGCUUCUUUAUGGGCUUAUCAACUCAGAUUCUAAGCCACAUCGAAGUCGGGAUAGCAAAUGGUACAUUAGUCCAGAGGAAUGGCGUGAAGAUGCUUAUCCCCCUUGGGCGCAUGGGCCUGGUUAUGUGGUGUCCCACGACAUUGCAAAUGCAGUCUACAAGAGAUACAAAGGAGGCAAAUUGAAGAUGUUUAAGCUAGAGGAUGUGGCAAUGGGAAUAUGGAUCUCCAACAUGAAGAACGAAGAUGGACUGAAUGUGAGGUACGUGAAAGAUGAUAGGAUCUUUAACACGGGAUGCAAGGACCAGUAUGUAGUCGCGCACUAUCAGGGGCCGAGGGAGAUGUUAUGCCUGUGGCAGAAGCUUCAAGAGACGAAACGUGCCAUUUGCUGUGGGGAAAGAUGAGCAGCGACUCUUUAGAGGUGUGACGCAUACACAAAAUGCUGGUUGGUAUCAUCAUCUCACUGAUCAUUCGUUCUACUGUAGUUUAUAUGAUUACCAGUAGGGAGAAAUUAUUUUUAGAAUGGAAGGGUUUCACCACCACUGUACAGGUAGGUUGUCCCGUAACAAAAUAUAUAGGUUAGCUCAUUGAGAUGCGUGCCUUGGAACGGAGAGAUGUACAGAGUUUUUCUCGAGUUAGGAUACCACGGGUACCACUCGAUAUUAACACCAGUUAUAAGGCUAUUACUUAUAUACCGUUAAUUCUUUAUAA